AUGUCUGCGAAUGGCGGGCAAACGUACGGACAGCAUCUCCCCGAUCAGGUCGAAAGGAUAUCCGCUCUAUCCGAUUCCCAAUUAGAGCUCCUUGCGGAUGUGCGAGAGCUGCAUAAGGAACGAGCCGCCUUGGAGCGCGAGUAUGCGGCGAAACUGCAACUUCUCGCGAAGAAGGCAGCGGAUAGGAAAGCGAAGAAGAUCAUCGCACUGGUAGUUGGCGGCGAACCAACGAAAGCUUGGGAUGAGAGCACGCCCACCAAGAGUACACUCGACAAGGCUUACACGCAGCUCAUCGCCUCCCUGACUGCGUCCUCCCAGGAUCAUGUCAAUCUGGCUGACGCGCUAACCAGCCAGGUCAUCGAGCCGCUCAAGGUGACCGAGCGGAAAUACGAGGACUCGAAGAAGAGGGAGACCCAACACUAUCAGAAGCUGCUUGCUGAGAGAGAUCGCGUGUACGCGGAUCGGAUCAGGGUUCGUUACGACGAAGAAUGUGCGGAGGUCGAAACCUAUCGGCAAAAGCAGGAACGUUCCGCCGACGACCGCCAUGCAGAAAGGGCCGCGCGGCAAUAUGAGCAACAGCAGGCCGACAUGCUUAACAGCAAGAACGCUUACCUCAUCUCUGUUACGGUCGCGAAUAAGGUCAAGGACAGGUUUUAUGCCGAAGACCUACCCUCUUUGGAAGAUGUGAGUCAAACAGAGGAUUUGCAAUCUCGUCUCCUGACUCGCUUCGUUGACAUUCUCAAGGGAGCGCAAGACAUACAGAUUAAGCACCUAGACGCUCUGCGGACACACCUGACGGACACCGAGGCUGCUCUAAAUGCCGUCAGUCCACAGGCAGACCAAGACCUCUUCAUCGAUUACAACAUCGCACCCUUUACGCCCCCACCCGACUGGAGCUUCGAGCCAUCUCCCAUUCAUUACGAUCAUGGCGAUAUGAGCGUGGAACCUACGCCCAAGGUGUAUCUACAGAACCGGUUGAGCCGGUGCAAGGCGAAGUUGAUGGAGCUCGAUCCAGUAUUAGCUUCGAAACGCAGGGAAGCGGAACAACUGGAGAAACUUGUCGCUGCCUACACGUCCGACGAGACUUUGGGUAAUCCUGGGGAAGUUCUUGAUAAUUAUCUAGAUGCCCGGCACGAGGUGACCUUCUACGGGAUUUCCCGCCUCGUUCUUUCUACUGAGUCGGAAACGAUUUCUUCCGCGCUGAACGGGGACGAGGGUGCGCAAAGUCCGCAUUCGUUCAAGAGCUCUUCUUUCUCGAUUCCCACCACGUGCGCUUACUGCAAGUCUUCCAUAUGGGGCCUGAGUAAACAAGGCAAGACGUGUAAGGCAUGCGGGAUCUCAGUGCACUCGAAGUGCGAGCUCAAGCUCCCGGCGGACUGUACCGGUACACGACAAGGUGGCCGCGGACAUGGCCUCUCGGACUCUGUCUCGUCUAUUUCAUCUAUCUCCAGGUCUUCUUCUGUUAUCUCGCACGGGGACACGACAGCCACCCCUACGCCGUCUUCUUUCGCUCGCACCUCACAUGUGGUGGAGGACAAAGGACCCUCGGCGCGCGUCCUCUUCGACUUCUCUCCGACCUCGCCGUUCGAAUUAGCAGCAUCUGCCGAGAGCAUUGUGCAUGUUCUGGAAGAAGACGACGGCUCAGGCUGGGUGAAGGUAGCCGACGAUUCUGGGGCCAAGGGCCUCGUUCCGGCGUCCUACCUUGAAUUCCAGGACGCAGCAUCAGCGCCGGACAGCAGGGCCUCAACGCCAGGUCCGCGAGCUGCCCAGUCGGCGGACGAUUGCGUACGCGGUAUAUACCCCUACAAGGCGCAAGGCCCCGACGAACUGGACGUAGAAGAGGGUGCAAUGAUCCGCCUAACGGGCGGACCGACGGGCGGUCGGAACUACGCCGAUGGCUGGUGGGAAGGGGUGGACGCGAGUGGGAAGAGAGGCAUCUUCCCCAGCAACUACGUAAAGCAGUUAUCUAUACUUUCUCGGGACGCUCGUACUCACUCGUCCGGUGCAGGUGGAGGCCGCAUAGAUUCGCACUUCGGCUUCGGCGUAGGCCAACUUCCGGCCGUCAAGGAGUCGACAUCGCGACAUUGA